AUGGUUGUCGGCGGCUGCUUCUGCGGAAAGAUCCGUGUCGAGUAUAAUGGCGAGCCCAUUAUAUCGGCAUUAUGUCACUGCUACGAUUGUCGCAAAUUGACCGGAACUCUUUUCACCUACAGUUUCGUGGUCCACGUGGCGGACCUGAGAAUUACAGGGAGUCCCAAGGAAGUGGCCAAAAGGGCUGACAGCGGGAAUCAUAUCAAGAAUUAUUUCUGUUCAGAUUGUGGGACACCAAUCUACGGGCACAAGAUCAAGCCGUCGGGGGUUCCCGAGGAUAUCACGAUUCUUAGGGCUGGGAUUUUUGAUGAUAUGGAGUUUCUGCAUCGGCACAAGCCACAGGCGGAGAUCUAUAAACUAGGACGGGUAAAAUGGAUGUGCCUUCUGGAAGGAGUCGAUCAAUUCAUUGGCAUGCCGCCGCUUGCCUAGUAAUAUUGAAAUAACGAUUUUCUUUAUGAAGAGGAUUUUCAAUUCUGGCGGAACAAACGGACACAUGAUUCCAUUCACAAAUAAUGAAGCAGAGGGUCAUUUUCUUUUCUUUUCUUCUGUCGUCUCUAAGUAGAGUAGCUGACCUGGA